ACAGAGGAAACAGCAUGGAACGAAACCAGUCCGCUUUCUCUCUUUAUCACUCAAUAAAACCGAAAACUUCUCCAACUCAGGUUUCUGCUUCUUCUGAGAAGAAAAAGAAGAAGAGAAAGCAGAAUGGUUUAUCGCCUCCCGUGAUCGCAAAGAAGAAGACAAAAAAGGUCCAGAAGGAGAGAAAGACGGCAGACGGGACUACCGGAACCCCUGUCCAUGAAGAUCAGCACCAGUCGAACGGGGCCGACCCGGGGGGCGUCGACGCUCCCCCCAAACUUCAUGCACUCCUCGCCGACCUGGCUCAAGUGGAUAACAGCCGAGAGCGAGCGAACAGACUGUUCCAGUGGAUCGUCCACCCGAUUCCAUCCAAAACCUUCUUCAGAGAUUAUUGGGAGAAGAAACCGCUGCUGAUCAGUCGCCGAGACGAACGUUAUUACGAGAGACUUUUCUCAACGGCGGAGUUCGACCGCAUCCUGAGAGACAACGACGUGCAAUACGGGGUGAACCUGGACGUGACGAGCUACACAAACGGUAAACGAGAGACCCACAGUCCUCCAGGAAGAGCCCUGCCCUACACAGUGUGGGAUUUCUAUAAGAACGGAUGUUCGCUGAGGAUGCUGAACCCGCAGGCGUUCUCCUCCACUGUGUGGAACGUCCUGUCCAUCCUGCAGGAGAAGUUCGGCAGCAUGGCAGGAGCCAACGUGUAUCUAACACCAGCAGGAACACAGGGAUUCGCUCCUCACUACGAUGACAUAGAAGCCUUUAUUUUGCAGCUGGAGGGAAAGAAGCACUGGAGAGUGUAUAAUCCACGGUAUGAAGAAGAAGUUUUGCCACUUGUGUCGAGUCCUAAUUUCAGUCAGACGGAGAUCGGGGAGCCCGUGCUGGACGUGGUGCUGGAGGCGGGAGAUCUGCUGUACUUCCCCCGCGGCUUCAUCCAUCAGGGCGACUGCCUCCCCGACGCUCACUCACUGCACAUCACCGUCUCCUCGUAUCAGAGGAACAGCUGGGGGGAUCUGCUGCUCAAGGUGAUGCCAGCGGCUUUGGAGAUGGCGAUGGAGGAGGACGUGGAGUUCAGAAGAGGACUGCCUCUGGAUUACCUCACCUACAUGGGGGUGCAGAACUUAGACAAGGAGGAUCCGCGCAGGGACCGAUUUCUGUCUCAUGUGGGGGGUUUGAUAAAGAAGCUGGUGUCCUACGCUCCGGUGGACGCCGCUGUAGAUCAGAAAGCGCAGGAGUUCCUGCAUGACUGCCUGCCGCCUGCAUUAACUCCAGAGGAGUACGCGAGCAGUGUGUACGGAGCCCCAGUGAGGUUUGAGGAUGGAAACGUCGUGGACUCCGCCGUACUCGUGAAGCCUCAAACCAAAAUCCGACUGGUCCGAGCAGGAAUCUGCAGGUUGUGCAGCGACGGCGAGACCAUCCACCUCUACCACACCGCCGACAACUCCAGAGUUUAUCACAAGGAGGAGCGCAAGAGCAUGGAGAUCAAAGCAGAGUACACUGAUGCGGUGGAGUUCCUGAUCCACUCGUACCCGAAGUUCGUCACGGUCUCCAGUUUACCCUGCGACAGAGCCGAGGACAAGGUUCACUUGGCCCGAAUGCUGUUCCAGAAAGGGCUGAUCCACACGUCCCAAAAUGUAUCGACCGAGUGAAGAGCGGAGAAUCUUCGCUGUGUGUGAGCUGGAGCGUAAAAAUAAAGACUGUAACGUGUUUUGGCUUCAUGUUGCCAGUAAAAAUGAUUUUCUGACCUAAA